AAAGGGGGUCGUCCGUAUAAACCUUUAAAUAUUUUUGCAAUAUCUAUGUUAUUAUACAUCGGAUUGGGAUGAAAAUUUUCACACGGAACGGACAAUCGAUCUCAGAUGUCAAAUAUUUUGCCAGGGGUCGACGAAAGGGGUCGUCCAUAAAAAUUAAUUUUUCACUAUUUUUAGCAAUAUUGACGUUAUUAUACAAUGGAUUGCUUUGAAAAUUUGCACACGGGAGUUUUGAGGGAAGGGCAAUCGACUUCAGAUAUCAAAGUUUAUAUAAGAGCCCCCGUAAGGGGUUUAGCUUUUUGGCAAUAAUUGCGAUGUUAUGCAAUGAUUUAGUCGAAAUUUAUACACGUGGUGAAUCUGGAAAAUGCUUGGCAAUUGACUUUCAUACAAACUGACAUGACAUAUUCCAAGUUGAAAGCGAAACGGAGUUCGUAUGGGAUCAGCUAGUAUCUUAUAACGGUUAUAAAAUCUGAACAAGAAAAAGAGUAAGUUUCAAAUUCACUUUUAAUUCUGAAUCAAGUGUUUAAAGCGGGUUUCGGAACUCUUAAAUGUAUAUUUCAAAUUAUAAGUCGGAAUCGGGUUGAAGAAUAUUUCCAAGACCGGAUGAAACUGUAUACAUUUCUCUAAAAAUUGGGCUGUUCAAUGGACAAAACAUCUAUCUAUUACAAAUUCAGGGUCGACUAGAUGUCCCAAAAAAAACUGCGUAGGAAAAUAGGAAACCCAUUUUUUAAUAAAUUUAAAUUUCAAGAUAGCAAACAUGAGUUUUUUUUAAUCCUACCUAUGACAAAAAAGUGAAUUCGAUACUUAAAAAAAGGUAGAAUUGAGUCAAGAAACCAUAACAAAGCAUUAAGAAUGAUUUGAGUUGUUUACCUCAACUAUAUACUCAUAAUAAGCUCAAUUAUUAAUGUUUUUUGUCGACUUAGUAGAAUGGAACUUCAACUAGAGUUGUGAUCAAGCGCAGUGAGAUCGCCAUUAUCACGCAAUAAAUCAUUGAAGGUAGUUUUUUCUCCCCUUUUUCAUGUAGCCGGUUUUCGAAGGUAAAAAAAAUUUAGACUCUCACACGAUAGAGGCACACAUUCUAAGAGUACAAAAGUGAACUCUUUUUCAUGUAGCCGGUUUUCGAAGGUAAAAAAAAAUUUAGACUCUCACACGAUAGAGGCACUCAUUCUAAGAGUACAAAAGUGAACUCUUUGUUUGUGUCAUGGGAAAAAUCCAAAGUACGAAUCAAGUGGUUCGACAAUCACACCCCCAGAUUAGAGGCUCGGGUUAGUAUUCGCCACUCACUCACACCAAGGAAUGGGAUGGUACCGAAAUUGGGAUCAAAUCUGGGAUUGACAUAGUGAUAUUUUUUUCGUGGGUGCUGUGUAGAUCGUAUUCAUGUACGGCGAAAUGAUGAAAACGAAGUACGAUUGGAACUUUCGGGGUGAGAGGAGUGCCACGGCUAGCUUUGCUGUAGUCAACGGAACAACGUAUUGGCCGGCUGGGAAAGUUCUUGGAGGAUCGAGUGCCUACGCCUCGGCCUACAUUCGGGGCAAUCGUCGAGACUUCGAUGGAUGGGAACAAGAAGGAAACAGCGGCUGGGGAUGGAACGAUGUGCUGCCGUAUUUCAUCAAAUCCGAAAACAACAAGGUUCGGGAGGUACGGGAAGCUUAUGGAGGGCGAUACCAUGGAUCGGAUGGACCCGUUACGAUUGAUCACUACCAUGUUGAUUCGCCGUUCGAAAGACUGUUGGUGCGAAUUUUCGAAGAAGCUGGUGAGAGAAGACUGAUUGAUGUGAACGCGGAAGAACAUAUUGGAUUUGUAAAUUACCAAAACACUCUUAACGGGGCAACCAGGUGUAGUUCUGCGAAAGCAUUCUUGAGUUCGGUUAAGGAACGUAAGAAUUUACACGUUAUCAAGAACGCGUUCGUUAGAUCGAUAAUAUUCGACGAUAACAAUAUGGUCACAGGAGUUGAAAUGAUUCUUCAGGAUAAGUUUUUGAUAAAGGCUUUCGCUAAAAGGGAAGUUAUUUUGUCCGCUGGUGCCAUCAACACACCUAAGCUGCUGAUGAGAUCAGGUAUCGGACCACGAAAAGUGCUAGAACCGCUAGAAAUACCUAUAAGAGCGGAACUGAACGUUGGUCAAAACUUGCAAGAACACGCAAUGGUCCCAAUGUUCUUCGACCUUGGAGCUCGAAGGUCCAAUGUGACUGAAUUAGAUGUGCUCAGAAAUUUAUACGUAUAUACUGUUCACAACAGGGAUCAACCAGUGAUUGAAACUGAUGGAGCAUUCGUUUUUGAUUUUGUAAACGUAAAAAACGAAUCUAACGAGUUUCCCGAUAUGCAAUACAUUUAUUACCUACUAACAAAUCAAACGACCGACAGUUUGAAGUUGUUGAAAACAAUGAAUUACAAUGAAAAAUUUAUCGAAUCUUUAGAAAAACGCUUAGAACAAAACGACCUCUUAGCUGUCUUCAACGUGGCCCUGAAUCCGAAAUCUCGAGGUCAAAUUCAAAUAGUUUCCAACAAUGCCCGCGAGGAUCCCAAAAUAUUCGGUGGCUUACUCACCAAUCCCAACGACAUUCGAGAUUUCGAACUGUCGAUAAGAAAUAGGCAGCAACUAUUCCGUACUCCUCUUGCCGUGAGCAGCGGGAUCGAACUGAUCAAGUUGGAUCUUCCUCGUUGUGAUCAACAGCUGGAGUACGAUUCGGAUGAGUACUGGACCUGCUACUGCCGGCACAUGAGCGUUCCCAUUUGGCAUCCGGUCGGGACGACCAAAAUGGGACCGGCUAGUGAUGCUGAAGCAGUUGUGAGUUCGGAACUUAAGGUUCAUGGCGUCGAGGGGUUGCGAGUCGUUGAUAAUAGCAUUAUACCGAAGAUGCCUAGCGGAAACACCUUGGCGGUGGCAAUGAUGAUCGGGGAGAAGGGGGCGGAUUUGAUAAAGUUGAGCUAUGAGUAACCCAAAAAAAAAUUGAUUAAAUUUGAACAAUUUUAUUUUCGGAACUCUUAAUACGGUAGACCUUUUAACAACAUGUAUCUAGAAGUAAAUCGUAAGUUUCGGCAAAGUUUCGCUAAUUAAAAAAACUUUUAAAAAG